AAGAGCAUGAAGAAGAAACAUUUGGAGUGGUUUUUAUCCGAGAUUGAAACAUUCAAAAAUCCAAAAGUACAACUUGAGCAAUAUUCAACGAGCGUCGCACUUGCAGAGGCUAUACUGGCUGCAAUAAAUGAUGAAGGAUGUCUUGAGGGUUGUACAGUGGCUGAUUUGGGAUGUGGUUGCGGCAUAUUGCUGCUGGGAGCAGUUAAAUUGGGCGCGAGUUAUGGCUUAGGUAUUGAAAUCGAUGAGGACGCGCUGAAAAUUUGUCAAGCAAAUAUUGAGCAUUGCGGUUUGGAAAGUAAUGUGGAUGUAUUGCGGCUGGAUGUUACAAAAGCAAUAACAGGCAUAAAACCAGCUUUUGACACAGUUAUUAUGAAUCCACCAUUCGGCACCAAAAAUAAUUCUGGCAUACCUGAUGGUAAAAAAUAG